GCUGCCUACUGAGAGAUUGGUGGUUUCUCAGUGUACGGUCCGAGAGUUUCUUGAGACACGCCUUGAGAAGCGAUCAGCUCUGGUCACCCUUCCGGAGGAGGACCGAGCACCUACCCUUGGGGAACACCUUCCGAACCACCACCUGUCACUCAAACGCGUUGCCAUGGUGAAGGAAGACGGGAUCGAACACGUUGUUCCGCACGCGGCGGACAGCACGUACGACUCCGACGGCCACGCCCUCGCCGCCAGCCAGAUGAUGGGGGAGGCUGUUGCCAUGCCAACGGAGUCUCUGGAGCUGCAGAGGGUGCUGAACGUGCGCCGGAAGGACGUGCUGAGUUCCCGGAAGCGGCGGGAGUUCAUUCCCGACGAGAAGAAGGACAACGCGUACUGGGACAAGCGCCGCAAGAACAACGAAGCGGCGAAGCGGUCGCGGGAGAAGCGGCGGCUGAACGACAUGGUGCUGGAGACGCGCGUGCUGCAGCUUACCCAGGAGAACGCGCGGCUCCGGGCGGAAAUGUACGCGCUGAAGCAGCGGCUGGCGGAAGUGACGUCGGGCCCGCAGCAGCGGCAGUACCUGUCGGGCCCGCCCAGCCCCCCGGCCCCCGUGCAGUAUCCGCACGUGUACGGUACACACGGGGAGCGCACAGCUGCGGUCUACACGCAGCCGUUCCUAAACCCGGGGAUACAGUCGCCGGGAUACCCGCACAUACAGGAGCAGCAGCAGCAGGCCUGGUACGACCGGCAACGGGACUUACAGUAUCAGCAGCGACAUCUAGCGACUUCCAGAUACGCUGCAGCCGCGUACGACGCAGCUGAGGCUGACAAACCCCCGCAGCAGCAGCCCGUUCUGAGUAGUGACCAUUCGCAGUGGGACACUGAGAGCACGACGGAGGAAAUGCAGCCCGUCGGCGGCCUCACGCCGCAGGCCGUAGACCUCAGCUUCGCCAAGGCCGAGCGGUUGAGAAAAGGUUCCUCCGAGGACGACAACAGCAGCCUGAGCGAGUGCCACUCGCCGGUGCCCGCCGAGCCGCUGUCCCGCCCGCCCAGCCUCAGCCCGACCGUCCGCAGCUCCAUCCUCAAGUGGGGCAGCGACGAGAAAUGCCUGCCGCACAAACUCCGCCUGAAGCUGUCGGCGCAGCACCGCGACGAGUCGGCGUCCUGCCACAGCGGCGAUAGCGACACGUCCCCGGACUCCCCCGUCAUGCCCGUCCUCAGCGGUACAGCAGAGCACCCUAGCGGCGACCACCCCGAACUGCAGACCACCACCACGCACCUGAACAACAGUAACCCGCGGGAAGAGGCGCGCCGCUCCCUGCACCAGCAGCCGCCGCGCCCCGGCAGCCCGGCCGACCCGGAGCUUCAGGAGAAGCGGCGCCGGAACAGCGAGAAAGCGCGGCGCAGCAGGGAGCUCCGGCGCAUGAUGGUGAGCUACCACACCUCGCGGUCCACGCACCUGCAGACGGAGAACAGCCACCUGCGUCAGGAGGUCUCUCUCCUCUCCGCAGAGAUCUUCACGCUCAAACACAUGCUGGAGAAGAAGAGAGAGGCCAUCAGCUUCGCGGAGGCCGACAGCAUCGACGGAUCACCUCACAGCGUGGACAGCCUCAUCUAACCCGCAUCUCAUCUAUCUAACCCGCAGCUCCUACAAGCGGAGCCAAUCACGAACUGGCCCGAUAAUACUGA